AGCCGGAUAAUUGCUAGAAUUUUUCCAUUGCUAAUAUCAUCAUUCUAUUCUUGCAUAUUGUAACGCAAUGAACGGAUUACUGAAGUCAUUGCUGUGUGCUUUGGUAGUGGUAGUGAUGGCCACAGUGGUUGUUAAGGCUCAGGGUGAUGGCCGCUAUAGGCCACCUCCCAAACCGGUCAACACCGAUGGCCGUUAUCGUCCCGCCGGGGAUGGCAAAUAUCGCGGUGGUGGCGAUGGCAAAUAUCGUGGAGGCAAUGAUGGCAAAUAUGUUCACAUGGAUGUGAAAUAUGUGCACGAUGAUCGACCAGAUGGAGGAUAUAAGGGAGAUAAUAAUCCCUAUAAGCCGACCAAAGAUCGUUUUGGUCCAGGUGGUGGUGGUGCUGGUGCAGGUGGAGGAUCUAAAAACUCAGGAGGUGGUGGUCUUCCUGCAGCCACUCCCAAGCCCUUGCCCAAGGGCAAGGGCAGUGGAGAAGGUCGUAAUGGCUGGGCCAUAAUUCGUCUAGAGGAUAAGGUGGAAGAAGAUGGAUAUCAUUAUCUCUAUGAAACAGAAAAUGGCAUAUUAGCCGAAGAAAAUGGUCGCAUCGAACCUCUACAAACCGAUUCGGGACUUCGUUCCAAGGGUUAUUACGAAUACACCGGCGAUGAUGGCAAUCUUUAUCGAGUCGAUUAUGUGGCCGACGACAAUGGAUUUGUAGCUCAGGGCGAUCAUUUGCCACCCAUUCCACCUCAUAUACCAAAAUUGUUGGCCUACUUGGCUGCAAAUGCCGACAAUAAAAAGAAGUAAUCCGUUGGCUGUUAGCUUUUAUAUUGAAUAAUUUGUGUUAAAUCGUAAAAAAAGAAAAUUGUAAAUGUGUACUGGCUUUGAUAAAUUUAUUUUGUC